CCUUCAGCUUCCGAGCCACGCCUGGUCUCCAGGGGGAGGCGGGACCCGGCCAGGCCCGGGCCGUGGAGGCGCACCGUGCCCGCCGAGCUUGUGGGGAGAUUCAGGCUGUGGCCUGUCUGAGGCAGUCAGAGAGGCGCCCACCCUCCUGACAGAAAAGAUGGCGGCGAUGGCUCCUGGAGGUGGCGGCGGCGGCGUGAAUCCCUUCCUCAGCGAUACGGACGAGGAGGACGACGAGGUAGCGGCGACCCAGGAGCGGCGGUCAGGACUUCGGCUGGGUUCCGGGGGUGGCCUGGAUCCUGGCUCGGUGGGCUCGCUGUCGCCACAGGACCCUGUGGCUUUGGGGAGCAGCGCGCGGCCAGCGCUCCCUGGGGAGGCGGCCGCGGUGGCGCUGGGGGGCCUCGGGGAGCCCCCGGCCCGACUGUCCAUUGAUGCCAUCGCCGCUCAGCUGUUGCGCGAUCAGUACUUGCUGACGGCCCUGGAGCUGCACACCGAGCUGUUAGAGAGCGGCCGCGAGCUGCCUCGGCUGCGCGACUACUUCUCCAACCCGGGCAACUUCGAGCGGCAGAGCGGGACCCCGCCGGGGGUGGGAGCGCCCGCCUUCCCCGGAGCAGCCGGCGUCGGAGGCGCCGGAGGCCGGGAGCCGAGCACCGCGUCGGGAGGGGGACAGCUCAAUCGGGCUGGGAGCAUCAGUACCCUUGAUUCCUUAGACUUUGCAAGAUACUCAGAUGAUGGUAACAGGGAAACUGAUGAGAGAGUAGCAGUCCUGGAGUUUGAACUACGGAAAGCCAAGGAGACCAUUCAGGCCCUCCGAGCAAACCUAACAAAGGCUGCAGAAAAUGAAGUUCCUUUACAGGAACGAAAAAAUUACAAAUCAAGUCCUGAAAUUCAGGAGCCAAUCAAACCUCUUGAAAAGAGAGCUCUAAACUUCUUAGUCAAUGAAUUUUUAUUGAAGAAUAAUUACAAGCUUACAUCCAUAACCUUUUCAGAUGAAAAUGAUGAUCAGGAUUUUGAACUGUGGGAUGAUGUAGGUUUAAAUAUCCCUAAACCUCCAGACUUACUUCAGCUCUACCGAGAUUUUGGAAAUCACCAGGUGGCUGGGAAAGAUGUAGUGGACGUGGCCAGUGGAGUGGAAGAAGACGAACUAGAGGCUCUCACACCAGUUUUAGGCAACCUGCCUCCAACCUUUGAGACACCUCAAACUGUGGAGAAUUCCUUGCUAGUACAGAAAUUAGAAGAUAAAAUUAGUUUACUCAAUAGUGAGAAAUGGUCCUUGAUGGAGCAGAUCAGAAGACUUGAAAGUGAAAUGGACUUCCUCAAAAAUGAACCCUUUGCCUCCCCAGUGGUUUGUGACUCUGUUAAGCCUUCUUUGGAGCAGCCCACCCCCCAAAACUCUGAAGACAGAGAACAGAAGCCAGUUGUAAAUAGUUCAGACAAGGAAAAAAGCAAUGAUAUUCCUCUUUCAGUAUCAGAUGGUGUUGAUUCCACUACUUCUAAAGAGAAUUCCUCAAAUUGCCUCCCCAGGAAGGGAAGGGAAGGAAUGCCGUCUUCUUCUCCACCGAGUAAAAAUGCAGUUCAGUUCGAUAAGCCUAAUAGGAAAUUGUCUCCUGCUUUCCACCAAGCACUACUCUCAUUUUGUCGAAUGUCAGCAGAUAGUCGUCUAGGGUCGGAGGUGUCUCGGAUUGCAGACAGUGAAAAGAGUGUGAUGCUAAUGCUGGGACGCUGCUUGCCCCACAUUGUCCCCAACGUGCUGCUGGCAAAGAGAGAGAGAAUGGUUUUACACCUCUGUCAGGAGUUGAUCCCCCUCAUACUGUGCACAGCAUGUCUGCAUCCUGAGCCUAAAGAGCGAGAUCAGCUUCUCCACAUACUUUUCAAUUUGAUCAAGAGGCCAGACGAUGAGCAAAGGAUCAAUCAUAAGUACCCAGAAAGACGACUCCUGGUGGCUGAAUCCUGUGGAGCAUUAGCGCCUUACCUUCCUAAAGAAAUUCGUAGCUCCUUGGUUCUUUCAAUGUUGCAACAGAUGUUAAUGGAAGAUAAGGCCGAUUUGGUACGAGAAGCUGUGAUCAAAAGCCUGGGUAUCAUUAUGGGAUACAUUGACGAUUCGGACAAGUAUCAACAGGGUUUUGAGUUGUUGCUUUCAGCCUUGGGUGAUCCCUCAGAAAGAGUCGUCAGUGCAACACAUCAAGUGUUUUUACCAGCGUAUGCGGCCUGGACUACCGAGCUGGGCAACUUACAGUCGCAUCUCAUACCCACACUGCUGAAUAAAAUUGAGAAACUUCUCAGGGAAGGCGAGCAUGGGUUGGACGAACAUAAGCUCCACAUGUUCCUUUCUGCUUUGCAGUCCUUGAUCCCGUCACUCUUCGCGCUCGUGCUCCAGAACGCACCUUUCGCAAGCAAAGCCAGGCUUCAUGGUGAAGUGCCACAGAUAGAAGUGACUAGGUUCCCUCGGCCUUUAUCGCCUCUUCAAGAUGUAUCUACGAUUAUUGGAAGUCGUGAGCAAUUAGCAGUGUUACUACAGCUUUAUGAUUACCAGUUGGAACAUGAGGGUACAACCGGCUGGGAGAGUUUACUCUGGGUGGUUAAUCAGUUGUUGCCACAACUUAUAGAAAUAGUUGGCAAAAUUAAUGUUACUUCAAAUGCCUGUGUCCAUGAAUUCUCUCGGUUUUUCUGGCGCCUUUGUAGGACCUUUGGCAAAAUCUUUACAAACACUAAGGUAAAACCUCAAUUCCAGGAGAUUUUAAGACUUUCUGAAGAAAACAUUGAUUCCUCAGCAGGAAAUGGUGUCCUCACUAAAGCUACAGUCCCCAUUUAUGCGACAGGAGUCCUUACAUGUUAUAUUCAGGAAGAAGACCGAAAGCUGCUAGUUGGAUUCUUGGAAGAUGUAAUGACCCUGCUUUCAUUAUCUCAUGCUCCUCUUGAUAGCCUGAAGGCUUCUUUUGUGGAACUGGGUGCAAAUCCUGCCUACCAUGAGUUACUGUUAACAGUUUUGUGGUAUGGUGUUGUCCAUACUUCAGCACUUGUCAGGUGUACUGCUGCUAGAAUGUUUGAGCUGUUGGUGAAGGGGGUGAAUGAGACUCUGGUAGCUCAGAGGGUGGUUCCUGCUCUCAUUACUCUCUCCAGUGACCCUGAAAUCUCUGUCAGGAUUGCCACAAUUCCGGCCUUUGGCACCAUUAUGGAAACAGUUAUUCAAAGAGAGUUGCUGGAAAGGGUGAAAAUGCAGCUAGCAUCUUUCUUGGAAGACCCUCAGUAUCAAGACCAGCAUUCUUUGCAUACAGAGAUCAUAAAGACAUUUGGGAGAGUUGGGCCAAAUGCUGAACCCAGAUUUCGAGAUGAGUUUGUUAUACCACAUUUGCAUAAGUUAGCCUUGGUGAACAAUUUACAGAUUGUGGACUCUAAAAGACUGGAUAUUGCUACCCAUCUUUUUGAAGCCUACAGCGCACUUUCCUGUUGUUUCAUUUCAGAAGACUUAAUGGUUAACCACUUUUUACCGGGCCUCCGAUGUUUACGAACUGACAUGGAGCAGCUCUCUCCAGAGCAUGAGGUGAUCUUGAGUUCUAUGAUAAAAGAAUGUGAACAAAAAGUAGAGAACAAGACGGUCCAAGAGCCUCAAGGCUCCAUGUCAAUUGCUGCAAGCUUAGUAAGUGAAGACACAAAGACCAAGUUUUUGAACAAAAUGGGCCAGUUGACAACUUCCGGUGCCAUGCUGGCCAAUGUGUUUCAGAGAAAGAAGUGAAAGCAGGCGGGAAGCCCCCCCGUGAACACUAAGGUGGACCUCAAGCAGACUGGCUCCUUGUACUUGAAGUACUUGCCUUCUUCAUUGACUGUUUUAUGUCCGCGCAUUAUAAUUUGAUCCUAAUCUCCAAAGACAUUUGCACUGCUAUUGAUUAUUGCUGUAUAUGUGUUCAUUUGGGUUAUAACUGUGGUGUUAAAUUGAGUUCAUGGUCUGUACCAAAUCCCUCUUCUGUGUUUUUGUCUUUCUGAAUAAUUUUUUAUAUAUAUAUAAAUAUAUAUGUAUAGUGAAGAGUUUUUUGUUUUGUUUUUGUUUAUUAAUUUUUGGGGGUGGGCUAUUAGCAAAUAUCUGUAUUAUACACUGAGCUAUUAUGAUGGUACUUAAAAUAAUGUAAAUUUGAAGUCAUUGUUAUAAAGUAAUAAAAGUGGAGAUUCCUUAAGUAUUUAAAUUAUGAAAGAAUAAUGCUGACUUUUUAUUGUUUCUUAACUGACUAGAAAGAGCCACCAGCAUUACUCCGUGCCUUUUGGACUUUGGUGUGUGUGUUCUGUAGGAAUUGUGUGCAUUCCGUUCACAGUGCUCAUUGAUGACGCAGUGAUGAAUCUGCGUACCAACCCGACAGCCAGUCAACGAUGAAGAAAUAGUCGACAUCUCAGAGUGCUGGUGAACAUUCUUGAAGUGCUGUUUGGACCUCCCCAGCCCUUGCCUGCCUGUCAUGGACUUCGAGGGGAAAGAGCACAGAGCCUGGGGAGUGGUGACCAAGGUGAACCUUUCCAUCUGCUCAAGAAAAGGUGUCCUUGUGAAUUAGUCAUUAUGAAAGGUUCCCCAUAGUAAAAUGCAGAAGAGAAUAUGGUUUGGACCUGACAUUUAGCAUUUACUUAGUCAAUUAUUUUAUCUCAAGAUGUCAUUUUAAUGAUUUUCAUUCAGAUACUAGCUUUUUGUUCUGUGGAUUACAGCGCAGCAGUGAAAAGGGAAGGACAUUGGAAGUUGCUUUUUUCCUCUCAAUGAAAAUGGCACUGGCUAGAAAAUUAGUGGUUAGUUCCCACAUCACCCAUGAAACGUUGGAACUAUUACUGUGUGUGAUCUGUAUUAUGUAGUCUUAAGUGUGUAUACAAAUCGCACUGACAUUUGGCCCCUGUCUAUAUCACUCUACAGGUUGAAGCUGAAAAGAGUGGUCUUGGAAACAGAAACAACAGGUGGGGUUGGUCUGAGGGUUUAAUGCGAAGCCUUUUUGAGAGUUAGGAAUGUUUUGAUAGGGAUUCUCGGUGAGCACAGUGGAUGCACAAAGUUGACUUCACUCUUUGUUGAAUCCACUUGAACCAUAACUGAAUGACAUUCACGUCCUAGGAAAACUAGCUUACCCCACAUUGAAGCUGAUAAAUCAUCCCUUACCCCCCUCCUGGGCAAAGCCAUUUAAAAAGUUCAUUCUGAAAUGAUUUCUUUCACUUCCAGGGAAGUAGCUGUUGACAUACUGGUCUUUCUGAAAAUCUGUUGGGUUCUAGGCAUUCCUGAGAAAUUGAAAGUGGCUACCUUUCAUGUCAAAAUGUUGAUCUAUUAUAAAUAAAAUGUUUUGCAUA